ACCAUGUCUGCUCGAUGUAUGAUGAACUUUGUUGCUCAAGCAUUUAAGCUUAAGAAUAGCCCCCCGUGUGAAAUUCUGGUGCGGCACUGUGAGACCAGUUGAAUGUCGAGAUCUCUAUAUACUAUAAGAGCGAUUUGUUAUGAAUUAGUCUCGCCAAGAUUUGUCCGUCAUGGCUGCGCCUGCUGAAGUGACCAACAAAAAUCUCACCGGAAAAUAUGUGAUGAGCAAAUAUUUGAGCGAUGACACCGACGACAUCCUCAAGCUCCAGGGCGUAUCUUGGUUCAAGCGGCGUGCCAUCUCGAUGUUUACAUUAACGCUUAGCGUCAAGCAUUAUACGGAUGAGGGAGGCAAGGAACACAUAGACGUUGGGCAGACACUAUCUGGCGGUAUCAAGGGCACGAAUGAAGACCGCACCCUUGAUUGGGAGGCACGUGGCGAAAUCGACGAUGUCUUUGGUGCAGUGAUCGGACAAUCUAAGAAAGUGAAAGUUGAAGAGGUGGACGAUGAAUUCUUGAAUUCUGGUUGGACGGAAGAUACGGUUGAAGAUGGGUUGGUUCUCGCUGUAGACUGGAGUGAUACUCCAAAAAGUGGGAUGGAUUGGAGGGCAGAAAUGAUAUGGGGGUUCGAAAUAUUGAAUGGCGAGAGGAGACACGCCAGACGUUUGAAAUUUACAUCAUCGAAUAACAAGGAUGGUCCCAUCUUCAAACGCCUCUAUUACGAUUACGUCGGACCUCUGUGAAUGUACUAUUAUUUGUCCAAGUCCGAACGUUCAAGUUGCCAGAGUGACCAAAUCUGGGGUAUUCGGGCAUGACCGAGCUCAUGACCGGGGGCUGAUGUGACUAUAAACAAUUUUGUCGUACCAUCGUCCAGCUUUUACGUGGAUGACUCUCGUGCGUGCUGAUCACAAAUCGGCCAACUGCACAUCCCCGAAGUAACUGGUGUUCAAAGAUUCUCGUUAUAGAACUCAUGCUAUUCUCAAAGUGGUAUAAGGGUCGUGGCCCGGGAUAUCGAUUUGAUAGCAUCUUUUAUCUAAGGCUCGCAGUAUAAGAAGGCAGGGCAUCAUCCCCUCGCUACUUAUUAUUUCUCUCAUUUACGAUCUCUUCUCAUCAUGGCUUGUCCUUCCACUGUUACGACUAAGAAUCUCUCAG